ACUCAUUCAAUAAAGCGAAGGUUAGUUUAAUUGACAAUUUAUGAGAGCUUAUAAAUUACUGCAAUAGUAACCUUAAACGUAGAACGCGCUCGUAAUCUACGAAAUAAAAAUUUGCAUUUACUGCAGGGUUUCAAAGUUAUAACUGAAUUUUAUUGUUGUGAUUUAUAGACUACGGGUGACUAUUCAGUGUUGCAAAAUUAUCCGCGCGUUAUUAUGCCAAAUAUUAAUUUUAAUUUCGCUCCAAACAGUAGUCAGCGUUAUAACUUACAAUCAGCCGUAUCAGCAUGACCUCUAGCAAUGCUACCACUGGUGUGCAGUUGCCAGCACAGGGUCAGGCUGCUGUGAACCCAGCCCAGUCAACUCACCCAGCAGUCCCCACUAUUGAUCGAGCGGAUGGUCGGACGCCAGUGACCGGCGUCACCGGCAUCCAGUCCGAUUAUGUCGUGCUAGUGUCGUCCGACUUCCAUGAAUUCAUCAUCACUCGUAGCGCGGCCUAUAUGUCCGCCACCAUCCGCCGUAUGCUUGAGGGCCGCAAUAAGGAGAUCAGUCCGUGGAAUGUCAACGAAGUUCUAGUUAAUUACCCGUCGAUGAUCGUUAGCAAAGUAGCGGAGUACAUGAUUUACAAGGAGUAUUACGAAAGAACGCACGAAGAUGCGCCGGGAUUCACCGUUCCACCCGCCAUCGUGCUGGAAGUCCUGAUGGCCGCACAGUUUCUUGAUAUCUAAACCCAUUUCAAAGUGUCGUCGCUUCUGAAUUAUUGACUACAUUAAUUUUUAUUGAAUCAGCUAUUAUUCCCGGCCUGCUCUGUAAAUUGGGUGGCUAAUAUAAAUAUAAAAUUAAAACCACACCUAUCACUUUUACCGGUUAAUUAUCUUUUCCUACUUUUCGUCUGUACUAACAUUUUAGUUAUCACGAGCAAAAAUAUUCUUACUAGUACUGCCUUUUGAGAAUUAUAUUAAGAAUUCUAUGCUCACUUCUAAAAGUAAACGAACACGCACAGAGGAGCUAAACGU